AUGUCACGUCAUCAAUAUGAUUUGAUACAAUGUAUGAAACAGCCGGGAACUCAUAUGGGCAUGCUUUGUCAACUGUGUGAUGGUAAAUGUCCAAUUUGCGAUUCUUUCGUUAAGCCGACUACUAAAGUUCGUAUUUGCGAUGAGUGUUCAUUUGGUCAUCUAGGUAAUAAGUGUAUACUCUGUGGAAACAACCUUGGGGUAAAUAAAGAAUUAGGAUCUGCUGCAUAUUACUGUUUAGAAUGUGUACGAUUGGAAAAGGAUAGGGAAGGUUGCCCACGCAUUGUUAAUGUGGGUAGUUCAAAGGCUGAUAUGAUACAGAAUAAGAAGAAGGCAAACGCAACUGGAGGCUUACUACAAUAA